AGAAGCAGGCUCCAUGCACCGGGAGCCCGACGUGGGAUUCGAUCCCGGGUCUCCAGGAUCGCGCCCUGAGCCAAAGGCAGGCGCCAAACCGCUGCGCCACCCAGGGAUCCCGAUCAGAUAGAUUUUAAAAGAUCACUUUGGCUGCUGAGUGGAGACUGGAUCGGAGGAAUGGAAGCCACAUAAGCUUUCUGGGCCUCAGUGUUUUCAGUCUCCACAUCUGCAGUGGUGAGAAUACCCAUCCCGCGCAGAUCUGCGGUGAGUCUGGGAGGGGACACAGUCUGGUCCCAGGGGUCUCCUUGGCUCUCUAGGCGCGGGAUGGGACGCAGAAGGCCCCGUCUCAGGCUGGGAGCCUGACCCCCAGAUGCCCUCCAAGCCCGAAACACAGACCGACGGAUUGCCUCCGAGUGCUGCGCGCAGGCGGCCGCUAGGAGGCGCCCGGGCCCCCGUGCUGUCCCCAAAGGAGGCCCCUCCCACUGCCCCCCUCGGCGCUCGGCAACUCGGGCCUGCCGAGAGGGGGCGGGGCCGUUACGUGAGGGCGGAGCUUCGGCCUGGGCGCCGGGCAGCCGCGCUCCCAAGACUGCGCCCCGGGGCGGGUCCUGCGUGCGGGGGCGGGACCGUGGCGCUCCGGGCGAGCGGGCGCGGAUGGCGGCGGCGAGGGGCGCCUGAGCGGGCCGGGGCCAUGAGCGCCGCCCGGCCCCAGUUCAGCAUCGAUGACGCCUUCGAGCUGUCCCUGGAGGACGCGGGCCCGGGGCCCGAAUUCAGCGGAGUCGCCCGCUUCGGGCCGCUGCACUUCGAGCGCCGGGCCCGGUUCGAGGUGGCCGACGAGGACAAGCAGUCCCGGCUGCGCUACCAGAGGACUUCCACCAACUCUAGGAUCCUUUCCUUGGGAGACCUGUACCGGAUUCCUGUGCCCCAAACCUGGAAACCAUGGGCUUCUGCCUUUCCUUGGCACCCCAAAUCCGGAGCCUCCAACUGGGCCUCUGAAAUACCAUUCUGAAAGCUCCACCCUGACUCCCAAACUUGAGAGAACUCCUGGCUUGGGACCCAUGCUAGGAGCCCUCAAACAGCCCCUGUGGCUCCUGCCAACCCCCAGCCCCCUAAGCCCCCAGCCCCCACCUCCUACCUGGGUUUCGGUUUCUGUGAAUCAUCAAACCCGUUUUGCGGGGAGGGUGGAGGGCCAGGUGAGCAGCUGUCAGGCAGCCAGGCAAACAGCUGUGUGGCAUUGCUUUCCUCCUCUCCCUGAGAGGGGAGUGGGAAGGGCCUGGGCCCAAUCACCCCUCUGAGCCCUGUGUUCUG